AUGGGCUCGUGCUUGUCGAAGAGCAAGGAGCGGCCGCGUGACGCGUCCAAAGCACCGCCAGCCGGUGCCGACGCAACUCAGACGGCUCCGGCUGCCGUGCACGCGAAGCCGGCAAGUACAGACGAAGUGAAAGCUGCCGGGCCGUCAAGUCCAGGGAAAGGUGGAAAUGAGGGUUCAGAUGGGGUGGGAGGAGCGGGAGGCGCGGAAGCGGCAGGAACAGCAGGGGGAGCAGCAGAAGGAGCAGGGGCAGCCGCAGGAUCAGAUGCAAAUGCGAGUAGACCAACAGGAACAUCAGCGGGGAAAGAAGCGGAAAAUAACGCGGGUGCUGCUGCCGCAGUCGACGGAGCCGCGUUACAAUUUGCCAAGUACGACAAGAACGACACGACCAUCCCGUUAGGGUUGCGAACGGACUUCGGCUAUAAACGAGACUUUGAGGCGCACUAUAAGCUGGGCAGAGAGCUGGGUCACGGACAAUUCGGCACGACGUACGAGUCGAUUCAGCUAGCCACCGGCGAGCGGGUGGCAGCGAAAGCGAUUGAGAAGAAGCAGGUGCGUUUUAAGCAGGCGUAUAAUAAAACAGAUGAAGCUGCCUAUAGCAGCGGCGGACGUGCGGAGGGAGGUGGCGAUAAUGAAGCUGCGGUUUCAACACAGUUCUCAAAUCCCACUACUCUCUCCGGUCCCCUUCCCCCCCCCCCCCCGUUUCCCCCCCAUCCCAUUCCCCCCUCUCCCCAACCACCGUCUCCCCGCCCACAGAUGAAGCUGCCUAUAGCAGUGGAGGACGUGCGGAGGGAGGUGGCGAUAAUGAAGCUGCUGUCGGGCCAUCCCAACGUGGUGCAGUUCAUUGACGUGUUUGAGGACACCGACUUUGUGUACAUCUGCAUGGAAAUCUGUGAGGGUGGCGAACUCCUUGACCGAAUCCUUAGCAAGCGGGAGAACCGGUAUUCAGAGAAGGAUGCAGCAGGGGUGGUGCGGCAGAUGCUGAGUGUGGUGGCCAAGUGCCAUCUGCACGGGGUCGUGCACCGCGACUUAAAGCCCGAGAACUUUCUCUUCAAGUCCAAGGCAGAGGACGCGCUCCUUAAAGCCACCGACUUUGGCCUCUCGGAUUUCAGAAAACCCGGCAAGCACUUCACAGACGUGGUGGGAAGCGCCUACUACGUCGCACCUGAGGUGCUCAAGCGGCGGUCGGGGCCGGAGAGUGACGUGUGGAGCAUCGGGGUUAUCACGUACAUUCUGCUGUCAGGGAGGCGGCCAUUCUGGGAUAGAACGGAGGCGGGGAUAUUCAACGAGGUGCUGAAGAAGCGGCCUGACUUCAGGGAGAAGCCAUGGCCUAAUGUGUCGUCCAGCGCCAAGGACUUUGUGAAGAAGCUUCUCAAGAAGGACCCCCGCGCCCGACCCACUGCCGCCCAGGCCUUGUGUGACGCCAAGGCCUUUGUCAAGAAGCUUCUCAAGAAGGACCCCCGCGCCCGACCCACUGCCGCCCAGGCCUUGUCCUUGUAUGAGUGCCCCACUGCCGCCCAAGCCUUGUAUGAGUGCCCCACUGCCGCCCAAGCCUUGUAUGAGUGCCCCACUGCCGCCCAAGCCUUGUGUGAGUGCCCCACUGCUGCCCAAGCCUUGUAUGAGUGCCCCACUGCCGCCCAAGCCUUGUAUGAGUGCCCCACUGCCGCCCAAGCCUUGUCACACAAGUGGGUGAAGGAGGGGGGCGAUGCUUCGUCAGUCCCGCUGGACAUAGCAGUGCUGUCCAACAUGCGCGAGUUCGUCAAGUACUCGCGCCUCAAGCAGAUGGCGCUCAAGCCAUCACUCAGACGUCACAGAGUGCUCUCCAACAUGCGGGAGAUCGUCAAGUACUCGCGCCUCAAGCAGAUGGCGCUCAAGGCCCUUGCGACAACACUGGAGGAGAAUGAGGUGCAGGCGUUGAGGGAUCAGUUCAACGCGAUGGACAUUAACAAGGAUGGUACCAUCACGAUUGAUGAGAUCAGACAGGCAUUGAGAGACCAGUUCAAUGCGAUGGACAUUAACAAGGAUGGCACCAUCACGGUCGAUGAGAUCAGACAGGCACUAAGUCACGACCUGCCAUUUGAAGUGAAGGAGUCGAGAGUGCUGCAGAUCCUCCAAGCGAUGGACACCAACUGUGACGGGAUUAUUGACUUUGAUGAAUUUGUGGCAGCAACGCUGCACGUGCAGCAGCUGGAGGAGGCCGACUCCACCAAGUGGCAGGAGCGCUCGCGAGCCGCAUUCGCCCAGUUUGACCGCGACAACGACGGGUACAUCGAUGCGGAGGAGCUGAGGAUGGCUGCCCAAGUAGCAGCGAAAGCGAGAGAGAGUCUCACAGGACCAGCAGCCGUUGCCAUGGCUGCGUCAGUGUCUCGUUCCGCCAGCGCCGCGCCGUUGAUUUGUCAUGCCCAUGCCCACUCCCACGACCAUUCCCACAGCCACGGCCACCACCAUCACCACCACCACUGCUGCCCAUCGCCCACCACCCUCAACGCAGCCCAGCGCGCCCUCCUCUCGCUCUUCUCCUUCCUCCGCCUCGCCCCUCUGGCCGACCGCAUGAGGGAGAGCGCGCCCCUCGCCUCUCUCUCCCUCGCGCUCUGCCUUGCUGCCUACGCUGUGCCGCUGCUUGUGCCGCUCGUUGUCCAGAUGCAAUCCCAGCCGUUGGUGGUGCAGAUGCUGCAGACGGGGCUUGUUGCUGCAGCUUUCCCUCUCACUGCUAUCCCAGCAACCAUGGAUGCAUUGGUGGAUAUAGCAGGCGGGGCAGUGAACAUCCACGUGCUCAUGACCGUUGCAGCAUUGGCAUCAGCGGCCAUGGGGAAUGCACUCGAGGGCACUCUGCUGCUCGCUAUGUUCUCCAUCUCCCAUAUAGGUGCGCUUCGAUACCCCACAUAG